AUGCCACGCAGCGGUCGAAACUACCACGGUAACACGAAGUGUGGCCACCGAGUGCCACGGGCCUGGGCCCUGCCUGCAGGCCGGCGGGAGCACGGCGUGCCCUCGCACCGCCCCUCCGCAGGUACCGCGUCCCUCCCCGCCCGGGGCAUCGCCCGCGUCCCCCCGGCUGCUCCCUGCGGCUCCGCGGAGACAAAGGCGCCGGGAGGUGCGGGCGGCGGGCCGGCAGGACCGGGGAGGGGGCGGAGGAGGGGGCGACUGGCUAGGGGAACAAAGGAGCCGAAAAAGACGAGAAGAACCAAGAAAGUUGAUACCGGCCUCCGCCGCCCCCUGCCCUGUCCCGGCCCGCCCCUCCCACCUCCCGGACUUUGGCGUGAGGGCCCGCGGCAGCCCGGCGGCGGCAGGAGAAAGGCCGGGUACCCUCACCUCCAUCCGCCCCCCAGAAUCCCCGGCCGAAAGUCCCCGCUCGCCCCAUCCCCUCCCGCCUCCUCCUUCUUCUUCUUCUUCUUCCUCUGCCCCGCUGACCCCGCCCAGCCCCCGGUGCUUCCCUUUAACGCGCGCUCCCGCCGCCGCCUCUUGCCCCUCCCCCCUGCCCGGCGGCGCGCGGCCUCCGCCAGCCCCCGCGGGCACGCGCCCGCCCGCGCCCCCCCCAUCCCGUCACUUCCCCCCCCGCUCCCUCGCCGAAAUCGCGCGCGCGCGCCCCCGCCCUCCCGCUCCUCCCUCGGCGGCCCGCGAGCGCCCGGAAUAAUUGGCUGGCGGGCGCGCGCGCGCGCGCGGAGGCGGCGGCGGGGGUGCGCGCGCGCGCGCGGCAGCGGCUUCACUUCUCUCCGGGCAGCGGGGGCAGGAGCGGCGGCGGUGGGAGAAGCAGCAGCAGCGGCCGUCGCUGCUGCUCGGGAGAGACGGGAAAGGGGAGAGGAAGCCGAGAGCCAGGAGCGCGGGGGAGCGGGCUCAUGA